AUGGAAGCAGCAAUUCGGUCACAUCAGGUUGGCACAAGCCAACAAUCAGCACAGCAGCCUCAAUCAGACUUGUCUGGUGUGCGAGGCACGACAUCAGCUGGACCACCACAACACACGUCGCAUUCAAUGUCACAAUAUAGCCAACCGCGAAACAAUGCUAGUGGCGGAAUCAAUGAAGUCCAUCGAUCAUCUGCCUCAAAUUCAGCAUAUCAAAUACAACACACGAUCCCGCACUCAUAUGUUAAUGUUGAUCAGAGAAAUCGAGUGCGAGGCGCAACAAAUACAUUUCCUGGUGCUUCUGCUAGUUCUGGCAAAACAAAUUAUAAUUGGCAACCUCCAAACGCGCAAUUCGAGUAUGCAACGAGAACGACACUCCAUCAGCCAACAAUGGGUUCGGUACCGACAAAUUUCGUCAGUGCUAACUUUCAACAGCAUGGAGGCUUUCCACCUCGCGUUUCAAUACCCCAACAGCCUCAAAAUCAGCAACCAGUACCGAUAUCACAAUCACAAAGUGUGUCGAAUUCAUCACGACCACUUAAUGUUAAUGAUUAUAUUAAUGCAAAUUUACGUGAUGGUGCAGCGGCACACCUUCAAGCGUCACAACCUAACCAGAGACCUCAACCACCAGAUCCGGGAGGACAGCAAAAUCUGCAACCACAACAGCAGCAAGCACCUUCAUCACAGCCCGCUCAUAAGAAACUUAGACUCGGCGAAUCGCCUUAUCAGCCACAAACGAAUAGUCUCCAUCAUCCAGCCGCAACACCAAGUUCAAUACCUGUUCGAUUACAUCAUACGAAUUAUGAGAAAGCUGGACCGCCAAUUCAAUCAUCUAAUAGUCAUGUUGUUGUACAUGUUGCAUCGACACCGAGAUCACAUCAAAAUCCAAAUGUUGGUGCGACAGCUGAUAUCCAAUAUCAGCCACAAAAACCACCAUCUCAACCGCCUACGCAUCAAAUUCCAACUGCUGCAUCACCUCAAGCACCACAAACCCAGCCUCAACAACAGCAGACUCAAAAUCAACAGCAGCAACAGCAACCUCCAUCAAAUACAAAUACAAAAGUCUUAUCUGUGCUAAAAAUUGAUACUCGUGAUCCUCAGCCUCCGAAUGCAAAUAGUAACAGCAACAAUAAUAACAAUAAUAAUAAUAAUAAUAAUAACAAUAAUAAUAAUAAUCUUGGAGGAGGUGGUUAUCAUCCAAAAACGGAAGCCAUAUCACCGGCUGGAUCACCAAAGUUAUCGAAAGAUGAUUUACUUCAACAAAUUAGUAGUGUAGACUCAAGUAUGAUGUCAUUAGAGGAGCGAAAGAAGCUCUUAAAAGAGAAAGAGAGAAUGUUGAUUGAACAGAAGGAAGAAGGUGUUGAGGAUGUUCCAGAGCAACCAACACCACAUCGGACCCUUGCACAACAAAUUUAUGCUGAGAAUAAAAAGAAGGCAAGUGACAGUCAUGCCAUCCUCACUGCAUUUAAUUUCAAGGGUCAAACAUUUGAACUGCCAUUAUACAAUCAACCAUCAGAUGCAGACGUAUGUCGAAAAAUUCAUGAACAAUAUUUGACAUUUCGAUCGAGUCUGUUGUUGCAUUUAAGGAAAAUUAAGUCUGAGCGCGCACAGCGCAGUCAGGAAUUAUCCGAUCAAUAUGCUAAGCUAUCGGCCGAUUGGCAGAAGCGUGUUGAGAAAAUUGAGUCGAGUAUGAAACGCAAGAAUCGAGAAUUAAAGAAUCGUGAGCUAUUUGAGAAAGUGUUUGUUGAGCUAAGGAAGCAGCGUGAGGACAAAGAGCGAUUUAAUCGUGUUGGAUCUCGUGUAAAGUCAGAAGCUGACUUUGAGGUGAUUGUUGAUGGCCUUCAGGAACAGGCACAAGAGGAUAAGAAAAUGCGUUCAUACGCUGUUAUACCACCAUUAAUGUUUGAUAGUCGUCAACGACGUCUGGUCUUCCAAAAUGAGAAUGGCUCACAAGUUGACAUGGAAGCAGAGCUUAGUGCAUAUAAAACUCUGAAUCUCUGGACAAGUGGUGAGAAGGAAAUUUUCCGAGACAAAUAUGUUCAGCAGGCCAAGAACUUUGGCUUUAUUGCGAGCAAUUUGGAGAGGAAAAAUGCACAGGACUGUGUUCGUUAUUAUUACCUCAGUAAAAAGGAUAUAAAGUAUAAGCAACUUUUACGAAAGUCUAGUAAGCGAACACGAAGUACGAAGAACCUUCCGAAAACGAGUGAAAGUCAAUCGCUUCUAGACCUCAUGACAACUGGUGUCACGACACGACUUCAACGUAAAUCACGUAAUACUAGUCGAUCAUCUAAUGCAACAUCUGCAACAGCUUCAGCGGCUGAGAGUCAAACAACAAAUAGUAAUGCAGCAUCGACGAGAUCAUCGGCAGCAACCUCAUCGUCUGCACCAUUACCGACAGUUACAGUAACUGUAAAUAGUAGUAGUACACAGAGUCAAGAGAAUGUUAAGGAGGAAAUUGAUCCGCUAUGCAUACGUUCAAUGUCAGAGACUGCAUCACCAUCGCCUGUAUCAAAUUUAAAUAAAAGUACGACGAGGCGUGCAAGUAGUAAUGGUAAUUUACAGUCACAGCAACAACAAGCUAUUGAGACAUCAAGUAGUACCACGACAAGUACGACAAACACAACAACAUCAACAUCAUCAUCAUUCCUUCCUGCAAAAAUUAAAACUGAACCUGACGGUGACGUUGUGAUGAAGACUGAAUCAGAUAGUAAUAACUGGUCAUCGUAUCCACCGAAUGGUCUGAAACAUGAAGUUAUUAAAGCUGAAGAAAUUAAGACAGAAGGAAAGGCUGUUGAUGAUAUUGUUAAGAAAGAAGAGACUAAUGUGAAAGAGGAGAAGAAAAUUGAAAUUAAGAAGGAACCGAAUGAUGAUAAAGAGAAUGACGAUGGAAAGGGCAAGAAAACGAUAUCAAUGGAAGUCGAUGAUGAGAAUUGGAAUAGUUGUGAACCAAGCAGUGCCAAGAAGCCUAAAAUCGAAGAAAGUGGAGCAAAUGAUUUGGAUAAAUUGCUUUAUCCAUGCUUCGUUUGCAAGCAGGAGAAUUGCAGUCGAACGCGGCAACUUGAGAAGUCAAAAGCUCAACAAUAUGGACUUACUGAGGAUAACAUUCCAGCAGGUGCACGAAUUUGCAGUAAUUGUCAGAGUAAAGUUGUAAAAUCAAGAUUUCCAAUUACAUCAUGUCCACUGCCGACCUGUCCAAAUCCAAAAGAUCGUGUCACACGUCUUCGAAAUCUUCCUGCAAGGCUAUCAGAACUAUCGCCAGAAGAGCGUGAUCCAAUCAUUAAAGAGCUUCAAAUACCACCAAAGGUGACAAAAUGUUGUUCAGUAUGUCUGACGCGUAUAAAGCGUAAAAUGGGUACUCAAUUGUUGGGCACAACGUCACUCACUGAUGAUGAGAUUCAACAGUUUCGUAAACAAUUGCAAGACAUGGGUCCGAAGUGGAAUCAGUUAGCAGAACAACUCAAUAAAUCAGCUACGGUGCUUAAGACAUUCUAUUUUCACUAUAAGAAAAAGUAUGGCUUCGAUCAGGCUGUGAAUGAAUAUUAUAAAUUGCAUGUGAAUGAAGAUCGUCGUGCAAUUACGGACGGUGAUGAAUCAGAUAUUAGUGUCACAUCAUCUGAUGACAAUGGAUCUGACACACACAAGAAUGACUUUACUGUAACUGAAAGUGAGAAAAUUGAGAAUAACAGUACGAAUGCUAUUGUAAAGAAUGAACCACAAAAUCCAUCAACAAUACCAUCAAUUCCAGCUAUGCCAAUACCUGCUAGUAAAGAAAAUACUGUCAAGAAUGAACCACCUCAGCAGCAACAACUGCAACAACCUCCAACAACGAUAGCACAACAACCACAUCAAAUUAUAGAUGAUCGUUUACCACCUCCAUUAGGUCAGCCACCACCGUUGUUGAGUUCACAACAAAUUCAAAAUUUAUCGACUAUGCCUCGCGCACCGGAUCAUCCAAUGAUUCAUAUAAUGCGAACAAAGAAGCAUUCAGAGGAAUAUGAUAGUUCAGCAACUGAGACAGCUGAUGAGGAGAAUGAGUCAUCACCAGCAAAUCGUCAAAGUCCGAAAACAUCAUCAGUCUUUGCUGGUAAGAGUUUAAAUCCAGCAACAACAAUCUCAAUGGUUCCAUCUGCACAGCAAAAUGGACCAUCAAAUGUUCGUGAUGUUAUGCAUAAUGUGAUUGAGAGGUCAGUGAAAAAUUCACAAGUUCCGCCAUUGAAACCAAAUCCACCUGGUCCUGUUGAUACGUCACCGGAUGUCUCAUUUGUGACUUCUUAUCGACAAGAUCCAAAACAGAUGCCACAAUCGAGACGAUCGAAUUCUGAAGGCCUUCAAACUUUGGCAACACUUUCGAUUGUAAAUUCUCAUGGACCACCUCUAUCAGGUCCUCAAAAUCCAAUGAAUAUCCAGCAUCCUUUGAAUAUUUCAUCAAUAGCUGCAACAAUUACACCAGUUCCACCACCUCAACAAGGAAAUCAACCGCCAAGAUCAUCGUCAACACCACAACAUUUGAAUGCUAUUCAAGAAAAAGAUUUGAAAUAUGGACGUCCACAUCAACAACCAAUUAAUCAGCAGCCUGAACCUGAGCCACAAACACUUGAUUUAAGCAUCAAGAAGCCACAACAGCAACAACAACAACCGCCAGAGAGAAAUUUUCCAGCAUUUCAAGCAAAGGCACCACCACCACCUACGGGUGGAUCAAUUUAUCGUGGAGAUCCGUCAGCAAACAUUCCAAAUCAGGCGCCUUAUUUAGCAUUUCAUCCUGAUAUGAAUCGACCAUCGAAAUCACCGAGUACUUAUAUCGGACCUUCAUUAUCACCUGGUCAGCAACGUGUUAUGAGCUUAGGUCCGCAUGGCAUGCAGCAACAACAGCAACAAAUUAUCCAAAACAAGUCAAAAGUGACACAGAAAUUAAGUCCAAAAGUUCAUCAUCAUCAAGUUCAGCAACAGCAACAAGGUGGAGGACAAGUUCAACAAAUGAAUGGACCAAAAGGUUCAAUUACUCUUGGAACUCCACUCAAUGACCGUGGUCAACCGAUAAUGUUACAGAAUUCACCGCAAGGUCCUCGAUACGAUAUUCUAAGGCAAACGCCACCCAAUUCUGAUAAUAAAUUUGGCUCAAUAACUGCUGGAACGCCUAUACAUUUAAGCGACAAACGUGUUCAUGAAUAUAUAAAAGGAAAUAAUCGUCAUAGUCCAGCACAAAAUCAACAACCAAAUGUUUCAUCAGCACAAACGAGUAGUCCACAAUUACAUAAUCCAACAAUUGCAAGCUACCGUCAACCUGGUGAAUUAAGCUCAACACGUGAUCUCGUCUUUAGCGACUACAUGAUAUCUCAGCAAAUGCAAGGACACAAUCAGCAAUCGCGUGGCGGACCAAAUAUGCCAAAUACUAUAAACAUUAUAAGUGGAGGUCCAGGUGGAUCUGGUCGUCCUGAAAAGGAAUCUCCAUCGCCUCGUAGUCUUGCUCAUCCGAAUUCACCUGCAUCAAUUUAUUAUGAUAAGGAACGUGAACGCGUUGGAAGUGGACAAACACGUACUGAAUAUUUGAGUCGAUCAUCGCCAGCUGAUCAUCAUAAUAGUACUCCAAGUCCACAUCGUACUCCACCACCACAAAGACAGGGUGUGAUAAUUCAGAGACAUAAUGCUGGUGGAUCAAAGCCUCCAUCUCCUGCUCCUCAACGAUUACAAGUUAAUCAAGGACACUACACACAUCAUUACUCACAAGCAGGACACGACGCACUUUCAAACUUGGUGGAUGUAGCAGUAGCACAACAAGCAUUACCAGUGCCAAAUGAUGGGAGUCGAAGACACAUGCCACCCAUCACAUCUGAAAGUCAAGCAAUUCAACGUGAACGGUAUCCUUAUUUGAUUCCAAAUGACGUCAAUGUGAUGCUUCAACAACAACAGAACCAGAAAUAUCCAUUUCAGAUUGAGAUGAUAAGGAGACAUGAAUUGGAGAGAAAGGAAAUGGAAAAACGUGAAAUGAUCGCUCAAGAACGCGAAAGAGAUCGUGAACGUGAUGAACGAGAUGCUCAGCGUAGACACGACGCUGAAUUGGCUCAACGAAAUUUUGAACGUGAUAGAAUGGAACAGUUGAGAAUUCCUUAUGCUGCGAGAGCAUUGAGCUAUGGUCGAGGACCUGAUGAAGUGAUUAGUGCUCAGCAUUUGAUUAAUGCUAUUAUUACUGAGAAUAUUUCAAGACCUCAGGAGAGUCGCGACCGAUAUCAAAUUAAUCCAAUCAGUCGUCUACAACAAGCUGAAAAUAAUGGAAAUUCUCACUCACCAAAUAUUAUUAAUGUCGAUGUUGAUUCCUCUUCCGAUCUUUCACGUCAUCAGUCAUCAAUCUCAAAUCUACCAUCUAAGAAUCUUAAACUCAAUGACAUAACGGAUGCAAUUAUAUCCAAAGAUCCAGCAUUUGGUAUGCAUCAUCAGCAACAACCAGGUGGCUAUCAUUUAUCACCCCAUUUUGUAAGGACAGGAUUCAGUAAUGCAAAUACGAUUCCAAGUAAAACACCGCCAACACAAAGUAUGGCACAGUUACAAAACAGUGGUCCACAACUAAUGGGACAGGAACAGAUAAUUGCUACAGAUCAGUGGAAAAUGAAUAGACGAUUGCAACAACAACAGCAACAACAGCAGCAACAAAAGGAAGAAAUGGCAAAAAGUGUAAACCCACAAGGUAGAACAACACCUGAUGAUCGUCAUAUUAUUCGAAUGGCUCAAACUCCAUCGCCAAGAAAUAAAAUGGCAUAUGAGCCAGUUUCACCUCCAGAGACUAGUGCUCAUUACCAUAUGCAGCCAAAAAUUACAAUCAAUGCUUAUGAUCAACGUAACAUGGCCAUGCCUGCACAAGAUAAUGCACCAGGUGGUGAUGCUAAUAAGUUACUCAAUAUGCUGAAUAAUAGAAUUGCUGAAGCAAUGAGAAAUGAUGAUAAAUAUCCAAAUGAUCAUCAUAGAAAUGCAGAACGAAAAGAUAGCCGUGACAGUGAUGUUAUGAAACAAUAUGACCGUCCACGAAGUGGCAAUAGUAUUCCAGGAAAUGGAGUCGAUAGUGGUGAAAAAUCACCAGCUGGUAAGCGAGAAUCACCUCAAGUUUACAUAAGUCGACCAUCAUCUCAGCCUGGACAACAGCCAUUCCAACCGGCAAUGUUUAUGUAUCCAUAUAGUGCACUAAACAUCCCUCAAGUUGCGUCUGGUGCGAAUCCAAUAAUCAGUCCAAAAGCUGCAAGUGAAUUAAUGGAAGCAAAUCGUCAGCAAUCAGCACCACCAGCCCAACAUUUGGAAUCACGUCAAGUAUUGUCAGAGCAGUACGAUGCCCUUAGCGAUGAAGAUUAA